AUGGCACCGAAGCGCUCUCUCUCCUCCCUCUUUCAGCCGAGCAGGAAGCGAGUUGCCGGAGCCGGGCGCACGCCGGGAAGGGAGCGGGAAGGACGGACGGACGGACCGAGGGAGACCCCGGGGCUCCCGGUGCCCGCGCCCCCUCCCUCUCCCGCAGCGCCGGGCGGACUCGCCGUCUCUCCCUAUGGGAGCCACUUUGACUGUCCCCGCCGCCGAACACGAGCCCCGCAGCCCCGGCGGGCGGGGGGCGGGGCCUCGGAAGGCCCGCCCCCCCCCUCAUUUGCAUCGCGUCACCUCUUCCCCCUCCCUCCCUCCGCCGCCCCUCCGCCAAUAGCGGCUCGCGCUACGCGGCCGCGGGGGCGAAGCCACGCCCCCUCAUUAGCAUCCCCCGCCCAGGAGCUCCGGCCGGCCCGGGGGAAAGUUGCCCCGAGCCCCCCGGGCUUCAUUGAUCCCAACGCGAUCGCGCCUUUGUUCAUCAAGGCGGCGGCCGCCCGCCGUGUCCCGCCGGGAUCACCUCGGCCGCCCGUCGAGGGCCCGAAGCCGAGAGUUCCCCCGGCGGCUGGCUGUGCCCGCUACCACGCAGCCACUUCCUUCCCCGCCGGACCCCGGAUGGGCAGAGCGGCUCAGCCCGGGACCGCCGCAAACCCCAAACCUCCACCGCAUCCCCCCGCGUUCCGCCCCGUUCCGGACAGCGCUGCGGUGCUGCGCGAGAGAAGCGCACCGCUUCCGACCGGGACGGGACAGCGGAGAAACUCCGACGUUGGCUUCAAUCCCCCGGGGGAAAUAAUACCAACAAAUAACAUUCGCGGUCCCUGCCCUCUUUGGGAAAGCGCUGGGACGGCCGCUCCGUGCCCGCCCCGACCUCCCCCCGCAGCCCCUCCGCUGGCGGACCGCGGGCGGGGCCGCCUCCCAGGGGCUGUUACGGCACCGGGCGGUGCCUGCAGGUGA